AGUUGUGAUAACUUGGGCCUGUAUAUUGUUGUCUUUGUCUUAUCAAUUUCUAGACUUUUCCUUUUCUUAACCUUAUCAAGUUUUACAUUCGUUUUACACGAUACCUGUCUAGUUUUUCAGAUUUUACUCUCAUUUUAAGCUGUCGGCAUGGUCAAUUUUAGGGUGUUAGCUAGAGGGAUGUCGACCGUCGCGAAGUCCUUUGCUGAGAAUGCUGUGGUGCCCGAUGUUAUUCCUGUCGCCCCUGCCGCGCUAGUUAAGGUGAACUACCCCAGUGGCGUGGAGGCUAAAGAAGGCAAUGAACUAACACCGACUCAAGUGAAGGACCAGCCCACUUUGAAAUGGGACGCCGAGCCAAACACCUUCUAUACGGUUGCCAUGACAGAUCCCGAUGCGCCGUCGCGUAAGGAGCCAACAUUCCGCGAGUGGCAUCACUGGCUGGUGGGUAACGUGGUCGGCAGCGACGUGUCCUCGGGCGAGGUGCUCUCCGCGUACGUGGGCGCCGGCCCGCCGCCGGACACAGGCCUGCACAGAUACGUCUUCCUCGUGUACAAGCAGCCAGGCAAACUGACAUUUGAUGAGCCACGUCUGCCCAACACAUCGGACAAGGGUCGUGCUAAAUUCUCCAUCAACAAAUUUGCAACUAAAUACAACCUUGGCAUCCCGAUCGCUGGCAACUUCUUCCAGGCGAAGUACGACGAUUAUGUGCCCUUACUGUACAAACAGCUCGGCAACUAGACACGUGCGCUCCCCACGCGUAGUCAGCUAAGACUGAAAUAAAUUAGCUUUCAAACUGCAAUUCUGAUCAACAGAUGGCGUUGUAACUGAGGAAUAGUAUUUUGCGAACCAUAGGAAUAUGAUAUCAAAGAUUGAAUAUCCUUUAAUAAUUGUGUAGAUCGCCAUUUUAAAUAUUGCAUUUCAAUUGAUGUAAUCAGUUGUUUUUGUAUUUCCUUUGUGUUUAUUUGCGUUUAGAUUGUAAGUGAAGUUGUUUAGAGUUUCAAAUAUAUCAUUGUAUCCGA